AUGCCAGUAGAAGAUCCCCGUUUACGUUUACGGCGGGCCGCCUGUGAGGGCAACCUCGAUCUUAUUAAACGACUUCUUAAGAAAACGAACAUGCAAAAUCCAGAUCCUGAAAAUGGAUGGACGACCUUAAUGUAUGCUACACGUUGUAGACAUGAAUAUGUUGUUGAAUAUCUACUUCAACUGGGACAUGAUGAAUUAGAACCUUCCAGAGACUUUGAGAAUAAUACUAUAUUAAUGGUAGCUGCAGAAUAUAAUGCUUUGGAGAUUUUGAAAAUAUAUACUAAAUAUUAUCCUCAUAGUGUCAACAUGGUUAAUAAACAAGGACAAACAGCUUUAAUAAUUGCUUCCAAACUUGGUAAUCUCGAUGCGAUUAAAUUGUUAUUGGAAAUUGGUGCAGAAGUCAAUCAAGCAGAUUUUGAUGGAAACACCGCCUUACAUUACAAAAAUAAAUCCGGAUGGACUGCAUUGGACUAUUCAUAUUCAAUGGAGCUGAAAGCACAUUUACAGGAAUGCGCUCGUGCAUAUCACGAAGAAACAAAGAAUAGUAGGCGACGCAAUCUUAAAAUUUCAGUUGAUUCAAUGAUAUCGCUCGAUUCAAUACCGAUAACAACUCGAUCGGCCACCUUUCCACCAGUAAAAGAAUUGGUAUUGGAUAAUUGUAAUCAAGGAAAUCGUUCCUAUUCGAAUGGUUCUUUAUCACCAAAUGAUUUCAAUCCAAUGAAUCAGAUGAAACGAAAGGAGUCUUUACCAUGGUGA